UAUUCAAAGGCACCUCUGAUCACGUGAAUACAAAAAUGUUCACACCUGUUAAUUAACCCUUUCCUAUCCUAUGUCGAGUGAAAUUCGAUAGCACUGAUAGUGUGCCCUUCACCCUGAACCACCCGUUACAAAAUCUGUUGUUGCUUGUCUUCAACGUCACUAUGGGAACUAUGCAACAUAUCUGACGUAAAGUUCGUCGAUUCGAGGCGUUGAAGCGGUUAGGUUACAUUGCAUCGGCCGUGAAACGACCACAAAAUUAAUGGCGUGUCUCAGCCGAACGUAUCAGUAAAAGUCUCUCGCGUAUUCGCGAUUCUCCUCUAAAUUCCCGUACAGUGAACCAAGUGAUAAAUGGCUUUGAAAAAAAAGGCUUCGACGUCGAAAGAGGAGCAGCUCUUUAUGCUCGAGGUAUUCAUCGAUCGAGUGAACCUGCAACCCGAAGGAACGUCGAGUAUCAACACGGAUGAUAUGAUCGUCUGCGUGAAAUUCACCGAUCUGCCAGAAUACGAAUUGCACGUUCCUAAAUGCAACCAAAACGAUCACACGAAUCAUCCCGAUGAGAUAGAAAACGACCAAAAAUUCGGUAAAUCGUGUAUAUUUGCUAAGACUCCGAGUAAUUUGAUCAAGGCCCUGCGAUAUGCGCCGUUGCGCUUAGAAGUGUAUCAAACAGAACCCUCGACGAUGAAAAAUGGAGCUGUUCUAGGUACAGCGACGAUUUCCUUGCCCGCUUGCAUGUGCAAUCAGGUGUCCUCUGCACGAAAUCGAAUCAACGGAUUAGCCUCGCCGUGCAUAGUAAGAGACACCUUCGACCUAACCGAUUCCACUGGCAAAACGUCUGGUAACGUAUCCGUUGCUCUGAGAUUAUCUUGUUUCGGCAGCUCGAUCGUUAAACGGUUCUGUCUGAGCGGAAAGUCCUUUGUGCUCGAGGACUCGCCACUUCAGAAGUUUCUCUGUCCUUAUCUGAACCCCAGCAGGACGGAUUCGAGGGACGAGAACAUCCCUGUCGAACCGUCGCUGAGACGACCAGUGUCCCCGCCGCGUAUUUCGAUAAACGAUCCUGGUUUCAAACAGCUGACCACAGCCGAGAAGCUCAACGAUCCUAAGUUCCGGGAAUUAGUUUACAGAGCUUAUCCAGAUGAACCCACUUGCUGCUGUCUGCCGACUGAUCGAUCGACGCAUCCCAUGGAAUGUCGUUCCGGUUGCAACCGUCCUUGCUGCAUGAAAUUGAGAAAUCCCGAGGCGCUGACGACGCACAAAGGGAAACCGACGGAGGACACGUCGGUUGGUACCUACUGCGUCAACGAUUCCAACGGAGAACCACCAUGCGCCAGCCCCACGCGACUUAGAGGCGGUGGAGACAUCGAGCAGAUUUACGUAGACCCCAGUGGAUACAACUGGACCGACUACGACACAGAUUGCACGUGGUAUAACGAGAGAAACCGUGGAGAAGUUCGGUUAGAGGGCGGAGGGGAGAACAAUAUGUCCAGCUGUAGCUGUUCUGGCGGAACGGUGCCCGUGAAGAAGUCUCAGUCCAAGGAGAAGAACUUGAUCGAUAUAUUCAACGCGUGCAAGCCUCGCGUGACGUCCACUGGACCCAAACCCUCGUGUGCAUGUGCGGGGAAGGACACAGAAAUGUGGCACACUGGUGCCGCGAAAUGCUCGAAGGAACCGUGUGUGGGAGUUGAUUGUUUGAUUCGAGCUUUCCAGGAGGCGCAGGAGUUCGUCGAUUCCAUUGGGAAGGUUCCAGGGCUGCCUGGACUGGGCCUGAUGGACCCAUCGGAGAGUCCCUUCUUCGGCAGAGAUCUCGACAAGGACUACGUGCCCCAGGAACCUCCCAAACCCGAAAGAAAGAGGCUACAGUCGAUCACUCCACAAGCACCCCCGCCACCCCCAUGUAGUGCACCUUGCAACACGCAACGAGGGAAAUCUUGCGAUGACGUGCGUGCCCAGCUACCCUACGUGCCACCAGCUCCCUUGGGAGCUCUCAUGCUACCACCUCGAUUGGGAAUCGUACGUGAAGCUAUACCUGUGCUGCCCGAGGUAGGUCCAAUGACGUCGACCAAACAGAGGAAAAGGGACGAGAAGAAGGAAGACAGAAUCGAGAAGCACAAAGACCACGACAUAGUGGCCGCGCUAAUGGACACCGAGAUGGGUCCUUGCGGUGAGCCUAGAUGCAAGUCCAGGCGAAAGAGACCCGCAGAGGUUACGGAUGGCACGCAGAGCGCUACUCAAGUCGCGUCGAAGACGGCGACUGGUCAGAAGUCUACGAGGGGUUCGAAGAAACGACGAGGUGGAACCACUAAACACCGCAGUCCUGUACAUGUACGUGGCAGAGGUGGUGGUGGACGUGAAAAGGUUGAACGUGGCGGCGUGAAAACUACCGCAGCAGUAGGACAUCGCAGAGGCAAGGACAGUGGCCACUCCCCAGGACCUGGAGGUGAUCGCGAUCAAGACUUCAGACCGCCGAUCUCGGUCAGUAGACGAGUAAUGCGAUUCGUUUAUUUCGUUGGCGACCACUACCCUGGGAUCUACUACGGACACAGAGACUGCAUCGACGUGCCUAUAAGAGUACCAGCUAACAUGGGGUGGCUGUGGAACACCUUGGCCAUCGCAGGUAACCUCAAGCCGCGGAUCGGUUGGAAGCCAGGCGCCAUUAGUCGCUACGUGUACGAGCUGAUGCAAGAGGCGAAGGAGAACUCGUUACUGGAGGAGACGGCAUCGGCGACGACGACGAAAUCGGCUGGAAAAACGGGAACUAGCCGAGGAAAGACGACGGAACAUGGACGACCCGGGACUGGACGCGGAAAGACGGUUAUAGAACGUGAUAGAACGGGAAAAAUGACGGCUGGACGUGGAAAAACUACGAUAGAUCGCUCGCGAGGUGGUGCUGGUGAACGAGGUAGAUCUGCAACGACUGCCCAGAGGAGCAUGUCGAGAAGACGGAAUAGAAGGACGUCGGAAUCCUUGCAGAGGGUGAAGGCCACCAUGAACGACGAGGAGGAAGGCUCCGAGAACCCACCAACUCUUCACAUUCACAGGAAAGACGGGACUUAUUACGUGACUAUGUACCCCAUCAAACAAAAGGGCGAGGAUGAGCCGCGCUUGUCCGAACCGAUGAAGCCUUUGCAGUUCAAAAUCAUGAAGAACAAAGACGACGGCUCGGUAGCCUCUAGCUCUACCGCGUCCGACAUGGAAAUCGAAUUCUCGCCACCUGCGGCGGUCACCAGGCAGCGCAAGAAACCCGACGUGGUCCACGUUGAUACGCAAGUCCGUCAACAGGAGAUUCUAGAUGCCAUAAAGACAGAAAGCGCGAAGAAGAAAGAUAGGAGAAGCAGAAGGGAGAGAAAGUCGAAACCAGAGACCACGCGAGAGAAAACUAGAGAGAAAGAAGGAGGAGGAUCGCGUACUGCGACGCGAAAAGAGAAUUAGGGUAUGCCAAAUGGUGGAACCACUCGGGGCACUUCCUUCUGUUGACGGGCUUAUCUA